AUGUCAAAUCCAUCAGAAGAAAAAGUGGAACCAUUUCAUAGCAUGAUCAUUGGAAUUGGAGAUCUGGGAGGAAUCGGUGGAAUUCUGGAUCCAGCCAAAAUCGAACCAGCUACUCCACCUACAGAUCACUCUACAGAUCAUCCAGGAAACCAAAUUAUAGGAAAUCGCGGGAAAUUCGAAAAGCCAAAUUGUGCAGUUUGCCAUGAGGUUGGAGAUGGAUUGCAUUUUGGAGCAGAGGCGUGUCGAGCUUGCACUGCGUUUUUUCGUCGAAGUGUGGCACUCAACAAAAAGUACGAAUGCCGUGCUGGUGGAAAUUGUGAGAUCGCUUCAAAUAUUCGAUGCAUGUGCCGCUCGUGUAGAUUCGACAAGUGCCUUGCCGUAGGAAUGAAUCCAGAAUGUGUUCAAAACCGUCGAGAUGCAUUUGACAACACCAAAGAAGAACCAUUGGCAAAAACUCCUAAGCUUACGGAUAUUCUCAUGAAACCGAUUCCACAAUUCUCGCAACCUCAGAUUGCUCCAACUCCUGUUUCAACAGCAUCUUUUCUUGACUUUUCGGCAUUCAAGGAUCCAUCAACAAGCAGUUUCUCAGCCUUUUCACCAGCAUCUCUUCCCGGACUCAGCUCUUCUCCAUCCCUUGAAACCAUGCCUUUGUUGGAAAGAAUGAGAAUUAAUUAUGAGAAAAUGGAAAGUGCAAGAACUGUUAUUCAUCGAAGAAAAGACGAGAAUAUUUUCCAACAAAAAGUUCCAAGAGCCAUUAAUUUCAAACAAGCUACGGAGGUGACAACCAAAGAAGUCUCGUUGGUUGCUGAUUGGGUUGAAUGGUGUUUCGAUGAUUUUGGUGCACUUCCGGUAGAUCAGAAGACGAUUCUCUAUCAGAACUUUUUCAUUUAUUUUUGUAUGCUUGAAAGAGCUUUUAUGACAGUCAAAAGUGGAAGAGAUGGGAUAUGUGUAAUGGCUUCUAAAGACUACAUUGACUACGUUAAUCUUGAAAGUUUCUUCGAAGGGUGUGGAAGUGAAACUAGUGGAACACCAGAAGAUAUUGCUAAAAGUUGCAGACUCAUCCGUCCAUCGUUCGAACUUCAAAGAAGAAGUCUUAUAAAUUUGAUGCGUCUGGAGAAUGUGGAUCAUUACGAGUUUUUUGCACUUUGCGUCAUGCUUUUCUGGGAUUUUGGACUGGAAGGACAAUCAGAUGAAUGCAAUGAAGUGGGAAGAAGAGUUAAGCAUCGAGUGACCAGAGAGAUGGCGUUCUACUUGAGAAAUGUGAAGAAACACGAAGAACCCAUGUAUCGGAUGGCUGGUGUUGUGGCAAUUCUGCCAGCUCUUCAGCGUGCUGUCCGUCGAUUUCAAGAAGAUAUAGAAAUGGCAAGUAUAUUCAACAUCUAUGCCCUCCCAGCCAAUUUCUAUAACAUUGUGAAUGGAAAGUUUACAUCCAACCAGACAGGUCACCUGAGUGUUUUUCUCGUUUUUCUCCUCUCUACAAUUUUGAUGGAGUCUACAAAUUCUCCAACCUAUAUUGAGCUGCAAUCGAGAAAAACAGGAGAAAAGUCGAAAUGUGCAAUUUGUGACGAUGUUGGAGAUGGAUUUCAUUUUGGAGCGGAAGCUUGCCGCGCAUGUGCAGCGUUUUUUAGAAGAACUGUUGCGUUGGGAAAGGAAUAUGAAUGUCGACAACAUGGAAAUUGUACAGUGAACACGAUUGUACGAUCGAUUUGCAAAUUUUGUCGACUCAAGAAAUGCUUCGAAGUUGGAAUGAAAUCGACAAGUGUUCAACCAAAACGAGAAAUCUGCAAAACAAAGGAAAACGGUCAAUUGAACAAAUCGGAGAGUUCAACUUCAAUGGAAGUCAGUUCACAUACAUCUAUUACAGUCACUCCAACUUUAGACGCAAUGCCAACGUUUGCAAGAAUGAAGGAAUGUUAUGAAAAAUUGGAACACGCUAGAAAUGUAGUUCACCGUGGAGAUGGAGACAACAUUUUUGAACAGAAGACCCGUAGGCCUUUGAAUUUUUAUAAAGCCCUCGAUUGUUUAUCCAAAGAAAUUCCACUGGUUGCUGAUUGGAUUGAUUGGUGUUUCGAUGAGUUUAGAUUACUUCCUGCAGAUCAGAAAAACUUGCUUUAUAUGAACUUUUCACCAUUGUUUAUCGUUUUGGAGCAAUCCUAUCUUACUAGUAUGUAUGGUGGAGAGAAUAAGUUGGUGUUAGCAUCAGGAGAUUAUGUGGAAUUGAACAAACUUGAAGAGUUUUUUACGGAUCAGGUGCUCGGGAUAUGCGGAAAGAAACUGGCAAAAAUAUUUGGACCAUCUCUAGAGCUCAACGUAACAUUCCUCGAGUUGAUGAGAGACGAGAAAGUAGAGCUCUACGAUUUCUUUGCUCUCACUGUUGCAUUAUUUUGGGACCAUGGACUAGUCGGACAAUCUGAGGAAUGCAGAAAUAUCGCUAAAAAAAUGAAAGGAGAUAUUGUGAAGGAGUACACAUACUACCUGAAACACUUUAAGGGAGUUGAAGAUCCAAUUGGAGAAAUGGCUCUGAAAAUUUCGCUUCUCACGUCUCUACAGAGGGUGUCCCAUCGAUUCCAAGAAGAUAUGUCACUAGCUCAAAUUUUCGAUGUUUAUACUAUUCCUGCGAAUGUGGCAACUGUUCUCUUUGGGAGAUGCGGAUAA